AUGCGAUUAAAAUUAGAUAAAUGGACUAAGCUGAUAACAACUAAUGAAUACAAGGAUUUAAUAAAAGAAUUUUUAAACAAUCCCUUUAAGCCGAGAUUGAUAUUUAGCGUAAAUUCAUCCGGACAACUCUACCCCACAUUUAAUUUUCCUGUGAAGAUAUACGCAAAAGUGGCCUAUUUUAUUCGCAUUCUUACACCUUUGGAGCUUACUGAAGAUAACAUGUUACAGUCUCUCAUGAUAGGUGAUUUACUGCCUAAUGCACUUGCAAAUCUAUCUGUACUAUGCGAUGAUGUAUUCUUUCCGUUGCUGAACAACACUGUAAAUCAAGAAGGAUGGACACGAGUAAUUGUAAAUGAUAUGAAAACUGAGUCUCAAGAGAUGCGAAAUGGUAUAGCUCAAAUGAAAGGACUAGUGAUAAACCGCACAAUAUUUCCUUUGCCUAUUUGCAUCGAUGAAGUCAUGAAGGAGGCACCUCAUAUUGCUGCAAUGGAGCAUGCUUCAGUUAACCACAUGAUGAAACAUUCAAUUGAAUUUAUGGUAGUAAAAUGGUUGGACUCUGUGGAAAAUCUCGUAGGUGUCAAGCCAACAGACAAGUUGUUUUCGACGGAAAGAUAUCCUCUACCUGAAGCGAUAUUUGCAUACUGGGAAUCUCGGCAAGAAAACCUUGAGAAUCUUGCGCAUCAAUUGGGUGAUAUUCGAAUCAAGACUAUUGGAUUUGUAUUGGAGAAAAUACAAUCAGUUUUUGAGCAUUCCUAUCGUAGAAUUGUUGAGCUAGUAUUGGAGUCUUUAGCCGAGGCGCGGGACAUAACAAAAUGUUUAGCAGCUCUGAAAAAGAAAAUUGAUAAGUUUGAAAUGAACACAAUGGAUGAUAAUCGACCGGAUAUAAGACCCUUAAUGCUAACAGUUGGACUUGUAUGGGGACAUUCUCGUUAUUUUCACACCCUUGAUAAUAUGACACUCUUCUUUAAUCUUUUUCAUAAUUCACUUAUUGAAUGCGUAAUUCGUACAAUUGAACCUGAUUCCAUGUUUCAGGGUGAUGUAGAGGAAGCUUACAAAAAAAUCAUAAUGAACAUACAGCACCUCGAAUAUUAUAAAACUAUAUAUAGAGAAUGCCGCAACUCAUUAAAAAAAUUUAAAAUCGGUACUACCUUUAAUUCACAGGACUGGACAUGGCAGGCAGCAAAAAUUUUUCAACGCUUAGACGGCUUUAUGGACCGACUUCAUGAACUUAAAGAGAUGUUCAAUACAGGCCGUGAUUUCAUGAAGUUGGACAAAAUAGUGAUAGGUGGCCUAAAGGGACGUCAAAUUUCUGCUGCUCUUGAAAAAAUUGUUGAAGACUAUAAAAACUAUUAUCGUGAAUGGACUAAUAUACAGUACAAUCCUUUAGAUCCGGAAGCUGAAAAUUCCCUUUUUGAAAUAGAUCGUCUGAAUUUUAAGCAAAAAACAGAUAUGUUAGAGAGAAUGAUAGCGACUCAAUUUGAAAAAGCUCUUGAGGACUCGCAUGAUUUAUUACUUGGUGGGCAAAUACUACUUCGACCUAUAAUAAGGGCUCAUAUUGAUUCAUUUAUGCAUAUAAUUGUUGACGAUUUCGAGAAAGAAAUCUUAUAUGUUAAAGAGGAUUUUAAUAUUCUUAAACAGAUGUAUACUGAGAAAGGUGUAUUGGAUAUACCAACUGACGACUGUUUUCCAAAAACUUCAGGAACAAUCGCAUUGCUUAAUAAACUUCGUCAUCGUAUUACUGCCAUUUAUAGAGACGCAGAUAUGUAUGAUUACCCACUUUUUGAAAACGAAAGGGGAAAGAACAUCUUAGAUCUGUACAACCUUAUGCUACAGGAAGUAAAUAGUUUUAUUAAAAAUAUUCUAGCUAAAUGGGUUGUUGAAUGUUGGGCCAGUAUUCAAGAAAGCAUGGCAAUUUCUCUGCUAAAAAGUGAUGAAAAUGACAACAUUUCUGUAAAUUUUAGCGAAAAUCUUAAAACCGCUCUUAAGGAUAUAAAAGUGUUACGACUGCUGGAAUGUGAACUUACUCCAAACCUUAUUAAGUUUUUCAGUUUGGAAGAAGAUCUUUGGCAAGCUCGUAUAAAAUUGGAGAGAAUUGCAGAAUGGUGCAAUGACAUUAACGAGAGAGCGCACGAAACAGAGAGAGCGCUUAUUGCGGUCGAGAUGGCGAUGAUAAAUGAACAAAUAAAACCUCUAAUUGAAACAAUAACUUGGGACGCAUAUAGUCAAAAGUUCAUUGUCAAGAUUUUCAAAUUGGUAAAGUACUUGCAUGAUCGACUGGUUGCUGCACAAGAAAAUCUUCUUGUUAUCAAGGAAAGUAUUAGAGCUUGGGGAAAGGUGCCACUGUUUCAGAGAAAAGAUCUCAACCCGCAACUAAUGCUUCACACGGAUCCGCGAGAUGUAAUACUAAUGGAGCGCGCUGAAAAAGCUGCGGUUACUCAACGGCUUAUUGAUCUUCUUAUGUAUGUGAACUUGAAGCUCUUUUUUGAUAUUCCUCGACGGUAUACACUGCCUUCUGGAGAGGGAGGAGAAGAAGAAGAUGAUGGUGAUGACAUUUGGCCACCAGUUUUAAGUCUUUCUGCCAUAUCGAAAGUAGUCAAGUCGAAAAAGAAAAAUGAAAAACAUAAAAGUGAAAAACAAGAAGAUAGAGAAGAAGAAGAACGUUCUGGAAGCGAAGAGGAAACCAUAACGCCAUUUCACAGGUUCGAGCUGCUUAAAGGCAUUACUGAAGAAGAGCGAAACCUCUUUCGAGAGUAUGAGAAAUAUGUAGACACUAUUAUUGCUCAGUGUCUGCUAGAUAGUGUUAUAACGAGCGUAACAUAUCUGCGGUUGGAGGUUGAAAAUCGUUAUGAAAACAACGCACCCAUAUUUGAAAUUUUCAUGGAGCUACAAGAGCCGAUCGUUGUAUAUUUUCUAAAUCUUGAUCCAAAUUCGAAGACAGGUUUUGUAUUCUUUGCAGAAACUUUGUUGGAUGAUGUUUACGAAACAAUGAAUUUGUUAUAUCGCGUAGCACAAGAUCCACCAGAAAUCACCGAAGAGGACGCAUUACGUUUUAUGG